AUGAAUGAGAACCUAUUCUCUAACACCCCCCUCAAACUCAGUAAGGUUGAUGAAACAACACUGAGUUUGUCUCUAAGAAUUGCAAAUCUGGAGCUGGACACAACUUUGAGAAACCUCCUCAUACCCAGUACAAGCUGUAGACAUAGUGUUCAAAACAUUAAAGAUGUGAUUGAUAACACUGCCAAAUACAAGGCCAGAAAGUCCAAAACGACGUCGUCGCCGUCGCCUCAGAAAAAACCGACUUCUAAAUCUUCGAGAGCCGCCGGGAACGAACCGGGUCAUGCUCCCAUGGUGAGACCGAGAAUGAGCUCUUCGACUUCGACCCGUCAGAGUACUCGCACCCGCCACGACCAGUUCCUCCCGGCGUUAAAGGAGCUACCGGAGGGUCACCCGUCUCGUAACGUGGUGGAUAUUAUAUUCCACACUAGCUGGAGCCCCAAGUCUUUCUCGGGUCGGAUCGAGAUGAUAUUCAAGGUCCAAAACGGGUCGAAGGCUGCGGCUAGGUUCGAGGAGUAUCGCGAACUCGUUAAGAUCCGGGCCGGGUCGGGCAGCCCAGCCGGCGAGACCGCGUGCAAGGAGGAGAAUGCGCGGUGCGUAGCGGACGGGAAUGAGGUCAUGGGUUUUCAUUGUCUCGGACCCACGUCAGGUGGCGGUGCGUACGACGCGUGUAGCGGCGCGUGGGCUUUUCCGGCAGGUAAUAAAGGGUCGGUGAUAUGCACGUAUUCUGGUAGCGGUGGGGCCCAUGAGAGCGCCGGCGGAGGGAGAGGAAUGAGAGCCAUGUUACUCUGCCGAGUCAUUGCUGGCCGAGUCUCCAAAUCACUCGGGAUCGACUCGUUGUUGAAUGGCCGAGUUGGGUUGGACUCAGUGAGUGGGGAAAGUGGCGAGUUGCUCGUGUUUGACUCACGUGCCGUUUUGCCUUGUUUCCUUAUUAUCUACAAAUUGUAAAAACACCACAAGGUUCCCCUUUUUUUUUUACUGUCUUAUAUUUUUAUUUUAUUUUUUCUUGUAAGAGUUGGUGAAUCUUUUUUCUACUUACUCGCAUUUAUCAACAUUAUUUUGGGGGUCAUUAAUACUUUUUUUUUUUUUUGGGUGUGAUUAGGGGAAAAAAAAUCUUGUUGAUAAAUGUUGAUUAACUAAUUUGCCAUUUCUCGUUCUUAUAUGUAAUUCCACUUUCAUACAAUUUGGGAAGGUUUCUCUUUUUCACUUUUC